AGGUAAUAUAACAGUUGAGUUUUAGAAGAAUAACAGAAGGUAUUAAAAUGUUUAUAAAACUAGAGUAUUCCAUAUUCCUAAAUAUAUUAUUUUUGAAUUGUGUACUAGUGUCGGCAAAUACAAUAAUUUUGGCCAGAUUAAACAUUAACGUGGAUGAUUCUCAUCGUUCUGAACUUAUAUCAUUGGAUAAUGAGGGAUAUCUAAGGAAAGAAGGUUCAUUUAUGGAAGAUUUUGAAAUACCAGGAGAUGAAGAAAAUAGAUUAACGCUAAAUGUGAUUUAUGUGGCCGACAAUGAUGGUUAUAAAGCGAAGUAUAUUUUAGUAAAGAAAAAAUACUAUAAACCCCAGCAUUUAAAUCCGUCGACCUUGAAGUCUACAGCUGGAUAAAAUUUAUUAAAAAUUAAAAAAUUUUGUAUAUAUAUUAAAAUG